AUGCCGGUGCUGCACGCUGCCGCCAUGCUCGCCAAUAUAAAGGCGCGAUAUAUCCACCAGACCAGACACGUCAAGGUCAUGGCCAAGGCGACGGUGGCAGACGGCGAGGGCACCCCGAUUUUCUUCAUCGGGAAGCCGCAGUGCCCCAGUCGUGGGUUUCAGGUCGUGCUGUCAGCCACCCCCCGAGGACGUCGGCCCCGUCCACCGCCGACAUGGAAUCAUGGACGGAUGUCGCCAGGCGGAGGCGACAAGGGCCACUUGACUGUGCUGGGCAGCACCGAUCCGGGGCUCGUCCUGUACCUGGCACCUGGGCCGAGUACCCUUGAUCGACAUCAGCCUGCAUUCCCAUACCAUUGA